UUCACAGACUCGUGUCAGAGAGCAGCCACCAGCUCACCUCCAUCCCCAGGACUUAGAGGGACACAGGGCAUUGGGAACAGAGGACACUCCAGGCGCUGACCCUGGGAGGCCAGGACCAGGGCCAAAGUCCCGCGGGCAGGAGGAGUCCUCGGAGGUCCUUCAUUCAGCAGUUCCGGGAGGUCUAGGAAGCCCACGGCCUGGCUGGGGCAGCGUCAACGCCGCCAGGCCGCCAUGGUCCUGUGCUGGCUGCUGCUUCUGGUGAUGGCUCUGCCCCCAGGCACGACGGGCGUCAAGGACUGCAUCUUCUGUGAGCUCACCGACUCCACGCAGUGUCCCGGCACCUCCAUGCGCUGUGGUGAUGACGAGGACUGCUUCACAGGCCGGGGGAUCGCCCCAGGCACCGGUCCGGUCAUCAACAAAGGCUGCCUGCGAGCCACCAGCUGCGGCCGGGAGGAACCCGUCAGCUACAGGGGCGUCACCUACAGCCUCACCACCACCUGCUGCAGCGGCCGCCUGUGUAACAGAGCUCUGGGCUCCUCGAGCAGCCAGACGGUGGGGGCCACCACCAGCCUGGCACUGGGGCUGGGUAUGCUGCUCCCUUCACGUUUACUGUGACCAACAGGGAGGACGAGGCCUGGGACUGUUCUCCCAGAUCUGCCACUCCUCACGUCCCCGUCUCCUUCUCCCACUAAAUGGCCAGAGAGGCCCUGGACAACCUCUUGCGGCCCUGGCUUCAUCCCUUCUAAGGCUGUCCACCAGGAGCCCGGUGCUCAGGGAAGCACCCCCAGGCCUGAUUGAGCAGCAGGGGAGCACGGCCUGUGGGUUUGAUUGUACUACUGUAUUCCACCGGUUCUAAGAUGCAGAGCUUCUCACGUUUUAAUCACGAUGCUUCUCUCCAUUGGUGGCACCUUAGAGUCCAUGAAAUA